AAUCAAUAUUAUUACAAAAAUUAACAUAUUUUACAUUUUAAAAUAGAAAAUGGAUUACUCAUGCACAUCCAUCUAAAUUAGAAUAUCAGUUGAUGAUUUAUUAAAUAUAUAAAAUUAGUAAUUGUAUUUUGUAUGUUAAAUUAAUCAGAAUCUAGUUAGAAAUUUGAUAUUUUCAACACAGACAUGGCCAGUUAUUUUGAAGAAUUAAACGUUGACGAGAAUGAAUUACCUGGCUCUUUGGUAGAACGUCUUACACGUGAAUCAUUUCGUAUGAUUUUUGACUAUGACCCAGAGAGUUAUGGCGAUGUUAUAAAUUCACAAAGGUCACCGCCAGCAUCCAAGUCGGAAAUCGAAAAACUUCGUAUACCAUCUGUCGAUGAAAUACUAGGAGAACAAUGUCAAAUAUGCUUGUGUCAAUAUCAAGUAGACGAUAAAGCGCUUGUUAUGCCAUGUCACCAUAUAUUUCAUGAUAGCUGUUUAAAAAAAUGGUUGAAAAAAAGCAAUUUUUGUCCAUUGUGCAAGUCGGAAUUGAAGACUGACGAUGAACUUUAUGAGUUAUACAAGGAAGAAAUGAAAAAAAAACGAUUACGAGAUGAUUCAAUAGCACAACUACAUGAUUCCAUGUUUGGCUAAACAAAAUGUAUAAAUCACUUUAUUUAAAAUAUACUUGCUUAUGUUGUGGAAA